ACUUCAUUUUCUGUAGUGAAAAUCGUAAAAUCUCCGUUAAAACUAACGUGCACUGAUUGACUUAUUUCGAAGGCAUCCAAUUCGGCUCGAAAUCCACCGACAGAAUGGGUAAAUCCAAGAAAAAGUACGAAAGUAGCAGCAGUUCAAGCUCCUCGGAUGUGUCCGAUUCGAGUGACAGUUCCAGCUCGGAUGAUGUUGAAAUCAAGCGUCGGAAUAAGAAGAAGAAGAGUAGUGGGGGCGGAGGUGGCAGCAGCAGUCGGAAGCAUAAAAAGACAUCCGGGAAAGGGCAACAUGCUAGCUCCGGAACGGAGCUGGACUCCGCCAGUGAACAGUCUAGUGACGAGGAAGCGAAGGCUGCCCAGGCAGCCGCCGCUGCCAAGAAGAAGCACAAAAAGCAUAAGAAACAGAAGAAGGCAAAAAAGCACAAGAAACACAAGUCCCAUGCCGCUUCGGAAGACGAAAAGCAUAGGGCAGAUUUACAUGACGAUGAGGACGAUGAAGUUGAAGAGAUUAUCGAGGAAGUAGUUCCGGAUCGAAGACAUCGGACAAAGUCCGCCGAUCAUCACCGUAAGGAUCGAGAUUAUGGUUCAUCACGGGAUACGGGUGGAGAUCGGCGUGCGGCUUCGCCGGCGGAGCGGGGCCGCAGUCGCGGUCGUGACCGCUCCGGCACACGUCAGAACCCAAAGAUUCAUUCGUCUUCGAAGUGGGACAGCCCGGCCGAUGGCGACUAUCGUCGCAAACGAUCACAUUCACCGCGGGAUUCCGGUGGUGGUGGUGGUGGUGGUGGAGGUAACUUCCGGCACGGCGGACAAAGAGGAAACUACGAUGAUUAUCGUAAAGCCCCCAGGUCACCCCCGCCGCGUGAUUCGCCCGUUCGAGCUGACUACGAUCGGAGCGGUAGAGCUCAAACGCAACAUCGUAGCCUUUCCGGCCGGGGAGGUGGAAGUAAUCGGUAUGAGGACCGUCGUUCUUCACCGCAUCCGCCGCCUGCCCAACAGGAACGUCGUUGGGGUGGAGGUGGUGACAACAGAUAUGAUGACGAUAGACAUGGUGGUAACCGUAGAGAUGACUUCCGGAAGCCUUCACCACGGCGCCGAUUUGGUGAAGAGGAGCAAAGGUUUGAAGGGAACCGGCGUGGCGGUUCCCAUCAUUAUCAACAGUCACAUGCCCCGCCGAGGGAGCGGUAUGAUGAUUACUCCGGGCGUGAUCGAAAUCCUCGCGAUCGGUUCCAACGCGGUGGGCGUGAUGAUUACGAAGAUCGUGGAGGAGGUCCUCCUCAGAGACGUCGUAGUUCCCCGAUGGGAGCACCACCACAGCGUGGUGGUCGCGAUCGCAGUCCGAUGCAGCAAGACUUCCGCAGUGACUUCGGAAAUGCUGGCGGCCGUGGAGGAGGCUAUCGUGAUCGCUACGAUGGUCCGGCGCCACAAUCGGAACGUGGUCGUUUCCCGCGGCGUGGUUCCUUUAACCGCGGUGGUCGCGGCGGUGAUCGUGGUGGCCGUCGGGGUGGUGGUUUCGGUGGCGGUUCCGAUCGAAGCUUCGGAUCGGAUCGCGAAAUGGAUCACCGCAGACCGAUGGGUGGUGGUUGGGGUCACAAAUCGCAACCACCAUCGCCCAGGGGAUCGCCAUCUCGCUCGAGGUCACGCGAUCGGGACGAAAUGGAUCGCAAUGGGGGUAACCGCGGUCGGGGAGGCCGAGACAGUCCACCACCGAUAAAGGUCGAACGUCGGGGACCUUCGUCGCGCAGUCGCAGCCGUAGUCCGAUCGGCGACCGAAGGACUGCGGCAGCUCCGCUGCCUCACCGACCGCGUAAGUUCCCCCGCAAGGAUGAGAAGGAAGACGGCGAUGAUUACGAGUGGGGUGGCAAACGUAAGCAACCGAUCAAACGCGAACAAGGUUUCCAACGUGGCAGCAGCGAAGAGUCCGGUUCGGAGAAGAAGCCUCCUCCGGAGGAGAAGGAAAAGCCCAACUUUGCACUGUCCGGCAAGCUGACGGAAGAAGCGAACAAAGUGAACGGUGUCGUGAUUAAGUACGCCGAACCGGCGGAGUCCCGCAAACCCAAGCGCCGUUGGCGGCUGUAUCCGUUCAAGGGCGAACAAGCGUUGCCGACGCUGUACAUUCACCGGCAGAGCUGCUAUCUGAUCGGUCGCGAUCGAAAAGUUUGCGAUUUGCCAAUCGAUCACCCGUCCUGUUCGAAGCAGCAUGCUGCUCUGCAGUACCGGCUGGUGCCGUACGAUCGGGACGAUGGAACUACGGGCAAACGCGUUCGGCCGUACAUUAUCGAUCUGGAAUCGGCUAACGGUACGUUCGUCAACAACAAAAAGAUUGAAACGAAAAAGUUCGUCGAGCUGCUCGAGAAGGACGUGCUCAAGUUUGGUUUCAGCUCGCGCGAGUACGUGCUGCUGCAUGAGAACAGCAAGGAGGACGAAGAGGAUGAUGACGUUGUGGAUGACAAAGGUGGUGCCGGUGGCGGCACCGGUGCCGCUAGCAAUGGAAAUUCGCGCGCCAAGCGCGAAUCGAGUGAGUAAGCAGUAGGAGAAUUAAAUGAUGUGGAUAUAAUUAAUCUUACACUUAAGAAUGAAAUUGGAUUAUUGGAAUCUAUUUGACCAGCUAUCAGAAGCAAUGAUGGCGGAGGAGGAAAGGUGCAAGCCAGACGAAAUAGGAUUGUAACUAUCCGACGCAGAUUUAUUGCCGAUUAAAGCAAAAGCAAGCAAGCAAGCAAGCUAGUGUGUGUAGUAUUGGCUCAUUUAGACAAACAAAACCAUAUUGAAUAAAGUAUAGUAUAUUCUAACGAUCCAAGCUGAUGGCACCCGCCUGGCUGAGUUGUUUUCGAAAAUCAAUCAAAGUCAAAGGAAGGAGACAAGGAAGGAGUGAGUGUAAGGAAUCCCCUGCAUGGAACGAAGGACGAUUUUUUUGCUCCAGUCAAGUCAAGAAGAGUUCGAGUGAAAUAAUUUCGCGUAAGUUUCCGUUUUGUUAAAGGGGUAUUUGAUUGAAGUAUGAUAGCUCCGAUGCCGAAUUUAUU